AUGCCCUUGGGCGGAAACCUUUCGGCUGUGACCCCUCAUUUUGCGAAUACUCGGGCUUAUGUUCCAACGCCGCAACAAAAAUUCAAAGCCGAAGGCUCAAGCACGGAGCCCACUUCAUACUUUCCAUCGACAUCAUCCAAUGCGGCAUUUGAUUCGCCCAGCAAAAUUGCUGCAGCCGCUACGUCAAAGGAAGAUUUGUUACGACGAAUCAGCCUUGCUCAUGCCCCGGGAAGCGUUCCGGCUCUGGCGGAUGAGGAUCCAAAGGCUGCACAUCCUGGUCUGAGUUUGAGCGGCAAUGUUAUCAGCGCAACCUUCUGUAUUCCUCACUCCGUUGGUUUUCGUGCCGGCGCUGACUGGGACCUCAAAUCCCGCCGCGGUACUUCUGCCCUUUUUGAUUCGUUCCCUUAUCUUGCAUCUCCAGCGAGUCCCUGGAAUCAUACUUUGAUCGGUUGGACGGGCGAAAUCCAUCCUCCUACUGAAGAGUUCACGCCGCCGGAAUCGCCUUCCGACCUGGCGAAUAAACCUCAAACCGCGGCUUCGGCAGUUCCUCUCAAUAAAGCCUCCGCUCCGAUCCCCGUAGAUGCCGAAAUGCGGCCUCCCAGUCCAAAUCAGGAAAAGGGAUUUUUGAUAACUAAGGCAGACCGCGAGCGGCUCGAAAAGCAAUUGUCUCGUCACCCAGCGGGCCGCGUGGUCCCGGUGUGGUUGGCAGACGAAUCAGAAGAAGACAGUCAUGGAGAUUUUCAUCUCGAGGAUCAGUCAAAAUGGAGACGUUAUGCUGAACAUGUGCUCUAUACACUUUUUCACUACAAGCAGCAUGAGCCGACGGAUGGCAGAGCGGAACGAAAAUGGUGGGCGGAUUAUUACCGCCUGAAUCAAAUGUUUGCCGAUCGAAUCAUGCAGAUUUACAAACCUGGCGACAUUGUCUGGAUUCAUGACUACCAUCUGCUUCUGCUUCCAAGCAUUCUUCGUCAACGUCUCCCAAACAUCUACAUUGGCUUCUUCCUUCAUAUUCCUUUUCCCAGCAGUGAAUUUCUCAGGUGCCUUAGUCGGCGCAAGGAGAUCCUUGAAGGAGUCUUGGGCGCGAAUAUGAUUGGCUUCCAAUCAUACAGUUACUCACGGCAUUUCUCGUCGUGCUGCACACGUAUCCUUGGGUUUGAUUCGUCCUCUGCAGGAGUGGACGCCUACGGAGCCCACGUCGCUGUCGAUGUAUUCCCAAUUGGUGUGGAUGCUGCCGCCGUACUGCAUUACGCUUUUGAAGACCCCAUCGUCGAGGAUAAGAUCCAGGGCAUUCGCGAACUCUAUGCCGGCAAGCGGAUAAUAGUUGGAAGAGACCGCCUUGAUACCAUUCGAGGGGUCGUUCAGAAACUCAUGGCCUUUGAGAUCUUUUUGGAGAGAUAUCCGGAAUGGCGAGAAAAGGUUGUUCUGAUUCAGGUUACCAGCCCCGGUAGCGUUGAAGAAGAAAAGGAAGAUUCGUCUGGCAAAGUCUCUAAUAAAAUUGCCGAGUUGGUCUCGAGGAUUAACGGACUUUACGGUUCACUUGGAUUUUCUCCAGUACAACACUAUCCUCAAUACCUUUCCAAGGAAGAAUAUUUUGCGUUGCUGAGAGUAGCGGACGUUGGCCUGAUCACCAGUGUUCGAGACGGUAUGAACACGACCAGUUUGGAAUAUGUUUUAUGCCAAAAGGAUAAUCAUGGGCCUCUCAUCUUAUCCGAGUUCUCUGGUACUGCCGGCAGUCUUCCAAAUGCUAUCCAUAUCAAUCCAUGGGAUCUUGGCGGCGUUGCUAAGUGCAUCGACGAUGCUCUUACCAUGGCUGCUCCUGCCAAGCUAGCCCAGCACAAGAAAUUAUACGAGCACGUCACCAAGGACACUGUUCAGGCCUGGUCAGACAACUUUUUGCAACGCCUUUUGACAAAUCUCUCGUCUUUUGACCAGUCAAUCGCGACCCCGGCCCUCGACCGAGCGAAGCUGCUGGCACAAUAUCGCCAAGCUAAGAAGCGGCUUUUUAUGUUCGACUAUGACGGAACUCUUACGCCUAUUGUGAAGGAUCCGCAAUCCGCAAUCCCGUCCGACCGUGUUCUUCGAACACUCAAGACUUUAGCUUCCGAUCCUCGCAAUGCGGUAUGGAUCAUUAGCGGACGGGAUCAAGCUUUUCUAGACGAAUGGAUGGGACAUAUCUCAGAACUCGGUCUCAGUGCUGAGCACGGAAGCUUCAUUCGAUUGCCUCGUAGCGAUGAUUGGGAAAAUUUGACAGAGAAAACAGACAUGGAUUGGCAAAAAGAAGUAAUCGAUAUUUUCCAGCACUACACUGAGAGGACACAAGGUUCAUUCAUCGAGCGCAAGCGCAUUGCGUUAACCUGGCAUUAUCGCCGCGCUGAUCCCGAGUACGGCGCUUUCCAAGCUCGCGAAUGUCAGAAGCAUCUUGAGGAGACAGUAGCUAAGAAGUGGGAUGUGGAAGUAAUGACUGGCAAGGCAAAUCUGGAAGUUCGACCAACCUUUGUCAAUAAGGGCGAGAUUGCGAAACGUCUGGUGGCCGAGUAUGGACAUGAAGCCGGACAACCUCCAGAAUUUGUCCUUUGUCUGGGCGAUGAUUUUACCGACGAAGAUAUGUUCAGAGCACUCCGUAAUACCAAGCUACCUCAAGACCAUGUCUUCUCAGUCACCGUCGGUGCCAGUUCGAAGCUCACGCUAGCUAGCUGGCACUUACUGGAGCCAUCGGAUGUUAUUUCCACCCUUGCCCUUUUGAACGGCGCGGCUGAUGUUAGUGACAUUGGAGCCGUGGCGGCUGUCGAAGGGAAGGUGCCAGAGUCCAUGCUUUAG